UUUCUCUUCCUUUGGUUUUUCCGCUGCAUGCCAUACAGUUAGUAGCUCAUGUGGAAUACGUUGUAUGUCUAUCUAGCUGCGAAUCUGUUUGACAUUUUUCUAUACUGAUAAUAUUUUGAAGAUGGUAUUUUAUUUUACAAGUGCUGUUGUGUCACCUCCUUAUACCAUCUACAUGGGAAAGGACAAAUAUGAAAAUGAAGAUCUCAUUAAAUAUGGAUGGCCAGAAGAUAUCUGGUUUCAUGUGGAUAAACUGUCCUCGGCUCACGUGUACUUGAGAAUGCCAAAGGGGCUAACAAUUGACGACAUUCCAAAAGAAGUGUUGAUUGAUUGUGCGCAACUUGUCAAAAACAACAGUAUUCAAGGGUGCAAAAUGAACAACAUCAAUGUUGUGUACACCCCUUGGAGCAACUUAAAGAAAACUGGAGACAUGGAUGUAGGACAGAUUGGCUUCCAUCGUCAGAAAGAGGUCAAGAUUGUGGCAGUUGAGAAGAAAAUCAAUGAGAUUGUGAAUCGGUUGGAGAAAACAAAAGAUGAAAGAUUUCCAGAUCUAGCGGCAGAGAAAGAGUCUCGUGACCGAGAGGAGAGGAACGAGAAGAAGGCACAGAUCCAGGACCAAAAGAGGAAAGAAAAGGAGGAGAUGAAGAGGAAGAAGGAAAUGGAGGAGCUGAAGAAUUAUUCAUCGCUCAUGACAAAAGAAAAUAUGACAACAAAUGAGGAUGGCAAUGAUUCUGAUGACUUCAUGUAAAAUACAGCAAUUGCAAAAAUGAACAAGAUCAGGACAUGAACACUAUAAAGAAUCACAGGACUUCAUUUUGAGGAAUGCCAAAAAGUGACACAUUGUGACUCUUGGAAGACAUUGGUUAUAUAUGGGGAAAAACAUCUGUUCAAGGAUUUUCAGUGCAGCUAAAGGACUUUGUGAGUGUUGGGCACAGUAACCUUACAGCUUUUGCUCAGCCAGCCACUGGACGCAGGGCUCCUGUCAUUCAAGGAGAUUUCCACUGACAAAAGGGAAAUGACAAAAAUGACUGCAAGUGAUUUUUCACUAAAUUGGAUUAAGAAGAUCAAGAAUGUAGGAGAGAAACUCUCCAAGGUGUAAUGUGGUUUGUAUUGUACUGUGUGGGUUUGUCGGAUAUUCCUGAAAAAUCCUAAUAAAUGUUCAUAAAACAUCAAAACCAACGGGUUGAUGUUUUCCAGCAAUAGCAUGAACUAUACAUAGCAUGAUCUUGACUGGCUCUCAGAUCUGCCCCCUUGAGGCCACGGGAAGAAUGGGUAGCUAAAUUAAAUUGUGUUUAUUCAUCAUUUAGGAUUAUGUCAUCAGUAAAAAUUAUACUUGGUAAGUAUGUGGUUUGAGAGGGACAAUUGGUGAUUCCAAAUUUGGGAUGAAAGUGUGUGUGCGCUUUUAUUUCUUCCAUUGCUCAUUGUAGCUCAGGUAUCAGGGUUUUAUUGAAGAAUGCAUUUGCUAAGAAUCCACGAAAAAAGGUUAUGCUUUUCUAAGGUGUGGUCAUGGUCAUUUUUUUCUCAGACCGAAGGCCCCAGUUCAUUCAUUAAUCACUAAUUCAGGAAAAUAUGCUGUUUAAUUCCCAGAACACUGUUAAAACAUUAAACAAUGUACUGUGAUCUGUGUGAAUACAUGCCUUUAACCAUGAAUGACCCAUUCAGCAACACCUCUCUUAAGCUUGAGUCUCAAGACCACCAAUCUCUUCGGCCUUAAUUUCAUCAGGAUGUACCAAUGAUUUCUGAAACAGCAAAAAAAAAAAACAUAUGAAGCAAAUCCACUUGUGCAGCAGAUUAGAAACUGGUUUGGGAAUUAUGAAGGGCGGCAGCGUCGUAUAACGAGUAAGGAACUGGUCUUGUAACCUGCCGUUGUACCCUUGAGUAAGGUACUUAACCUGUAUUGCUUCAGUGAAUAUCCAGCUGUAUAAAUGGAUGCUAUGUAAAUGCAAUCUAAAAAGUGUGUAAGUUGCUCUGGAUAAAAGCAUCUGUAAUGUAAUGUGAUGGAGGAAAAAAGAAGAGGCAUUUAGAAAUAUUCCAAAUGUAUUUAUACAAAUCACAGCUCACUAUUUAGUUCUGUAAAAGUUUACCCCCUCCAGUGAACCUCCAACCGCAGCCAAACAAUAAAAAAUAAUUUUUGGCAAUGAUCUUCUUUUUUGGCUGGACCGCAACAGCGGGGCCAGCCCUACAAAUGCGAAUGUCUGUGACUGACUGAGUGAGUGACUGAGUGAGUGAUGAAGUCACACCAUUGGUCGGCCGGAUCACAUGUGUCAGGUCCAGCCAUAUACUAGGUUUUAACCUGGUCUUGUUGUCAGGUUGAGCUAGUCCUCACAUGCAAAUUGGACAUUACCCUUACUGCAAUGAGAGCUUUUAGCGUUUCAGUGUUAACCACAAUUCUACAAUUCACGCAGCAUCUCGCACUCUCUCCAGUCUGUUUUUUAGGCCUAGCGCCUCUCAUCUCAAAGCCAUUUUUUCCACAGCAACAUCAGGAAUUAUGAUGUAAUUAAGUGCUUUUCUGAAUGUAAGUCGGGUUAUAGUUUUUUCUGGUGUCCCAAAUAUCCUUUUUGUUUCCUUCAUAAUGCCAAAUGUCUUCAUGUUCAAGAAAUGUUCAGCUGCAUUUUUGUAUGUGUCUUUGCCACUUCCUGCAAUAAAAACCUGAUUUAAAAAUGA